AUACAGACGACCCGGUGUGACGUUGACCUGCAGCUGGUUACUCGGAGAUAUCCCAGCAGUUACAGAAAAGCUUUGUGCUCCCUUGAUAACAAAGCUCACGGAAAAUAUGGCUGUGAGUGAUCGAAAUACUUCAUACGGAGUAGAACACGAGUACCGGAUAGCUUUGAUAGGACGAACAGGGUCUGGAAAAUGUGCAACCGGAAACAACAUUCUUGGUAAGAAAGCAUUUACGACUAAACUGUCCGGGUCUUCAGAGACAAAGAGAUGUGAAUUCCAUACAGCGGAGCGCUUUGGCAAGAAGUUGGUGGUAGUGGACACUCAGGGACUGUAUGACACGACAUUAUCCAACGACGUUGUCAAGGAAAAUAUCAGUAAAUGCAUAGCAAUUCUCACUCCCGGACCACACGCCUUUAUUCUUGUACUUCAAGUAGGGCGUUUCACCCCUGAAGAGCAGGACACAAUCACCCAAUGCAGCCGAAUCUUUGGUGAAGAAUUCUUCAGUCACCUGAUCGUACUAUUUACACGAAGAGAAGAUUUAGAAAACGACGGUGUGACUAUUCAAGAGUAUGUCAACGGGGUUCCAGAGGAACUGAAAAAUAUUCUACGGAGAUGUGGUCACAAAUAUUUAGCGUUUGAUAACUCUCCUAGAGGUAUGAAAACUGACUUUGACGUACUCGAACUGAUGAGGAUGGUACAAACUAUUAUUGAUGAGACAGGAAAAUCUUACUUCUCGAAUGAUGCUUUCGAGACAUCAGAAAAGGAAUUUCAGCGAAGAGCAAAUGAGAUCCGACUUAAAGGAGAAGAGAAGAUUGCGCUGACACAGAAAAAGAUACAGGAAGAGAUAGAAAACCUAAAGAUAACACUUGAAGCACAGAAAAGGGAAUAUAGAACCCAAAAGACUGGAAAUUCAAGCACAGGAACUUGAAAAUCUAACGUGGAUGGCUAUUUUGAAGAAUCAAACGAACAUCAUUCUCGUUACAGGAUAUUGUUGCUUUAGAGUACUAGCAUUUUCAACAUAUGAAAAGGAAAGGUCAGGGAGAAAAAAAAGGAAUUAGCGGCAUGUUUAUGUAUGCAAUGGCCAACCUAAACCCUGAACCAUAUUUACCUGCCUGAACUACUAUACCAACAUAACUAACUUUUACAAUAUAUAUAUAUAUGCUUUUGUAAAUGAUAAUAUCCUUCAUUAUGCUAUCGGACUGAAUGUGAUAUUCUUUUGACAUUUCCCUGAUUUUACCUCAUAGCCAUAUGCAGGGUGGGGAUUGCUGAUCCGGACCACGAUUUCCAACAUUUAUUACGCUCAUUUCUAAUAUAUGAACACAGUUUGCAAAUGACUGCUUCAGGCUUUUUCGCGAUUCAAAUGGGAAAAUCAUAUAUUUUACAAAACGGUGUUUUAGACGAAGCGGAGAGCACAGUGUUGUUUUCCAAAAAGUUCAUCUACAACAGCGCUGUUUCGCUGACGUAAAUGAGUGACAAAUAUGAAAGCGCAGAAAGUCAUCAAAAUUGCAUUAAGUAACAUAAUUGCAUACCUUCAACAUCCAAACAAAAUUUCGAGACGUGUGAAGUGGAAUAUGCCUUAGCUAAAUGCAAUAACUUCAAGACUAACAAACUAACAAAAAAUUAGUUAUCUGGACUACUGGUUAUUUUUCGACAGUUUUUGAUCGUUUGGAAUAUAAUAGAUGCAAUAUUAUAAAACCGCUGAACUUCAAAGUACACUCAUGAUAUACCAAGUAGGAUAGGUAUGUAGCUUAAGCUUACCGUUCGUGGAGCAGCACUAUUAGUAGGAUCACCAUCUAGAACCUUUUCUCAAGCUUGUCUUCUUUGACAAUGACGAUUGUAUUGCAUAUACGCUUUUUAAGACGCCAUAUAUGAGUGUGCUUCAUUUUUUUUUUUUUACUUUUCUUCUCAGAAGAAAAAGGAUUUUGUGAGCGACAUUCGAGACCAUAGACUGAAUGUUUGAACCUGUUCUCAAUUCGGAUACAUUCUCAUUUUUUUCUUUUUCAAAGUAAUGUUUUUUGUACUAAUUUCAAGUUUGCUGAAGUGCUUACCAUGCUUCUUAAAACGGUUUGUAUACAGUUUGAUUUUCUUGUUGUCCCUUAUUGAAACGCCAAUUCAGUGGCAGAUGCAUUGAAAACAUACCUGAUAAAAUCACUCAGGUGUGACAAAACGUUGAUGCCUUUUCGUCAUUCUUUGUUGUGACAUCAGAGUGUGUCGUUAAAAUUUAAAAUAAUCUAUACUGAGCUUCUCGCUUAAGUACCAUCUCUAGUCGAAAAUAUGCGCUCCUUAAAAUCACCUUUUGGGUUUGUGAUGCGACACCUGGCGGAGAGAGGAAAAAAUACGGCAGGGAAUUCACUCUAGUUUUUAUUUUCAUUGUGACGUCUUGUGGAAAGAAGACAAGAAACCAAACGUACCCGUAUACCUCACUUUGUGUAUCUAUCGCAUACAAUUACGUUAAAAGGGGACA